AUGAAAGAUAAUUAGAAAAAAAUAAAAUAUCAUUAGAUAAAAGGUAAAAACAAAAGAAUUUAAAGAUAAAUAUAAAAAUCAUAAUAAUCCCAAUAUUUUUAAGUCGAAGAUAACUGUUUAAAGAGUAUUAAAAAUGAAGUAAGUUUAGUGUUGAAGGAAUUGAACCAAAGAUAUAUUGUACAGUUCUAGUGAACCCAUACCGAGAUUUAAUGAUUAUAAAUUGUCAAGGUUGUAAACUAUUCUUAAGAAUACAUAAUUCUAAGAAAAAGAAGUUAUUAUAUAUAUACAAAUUUAAAAUAAAUAAUUUUAUGGAUUAAAAUUUUUACCAGCCUUACUAAUUGAAGAGAAACAGUAUAGUAUAAUAUUAUAUUAUAGAGGAAUUACUUACUUUUUUCGGAUCAACUGGAUUACUAAUAUGACUGUUUAGAAUUGGAAAAUGAUUAAUGGGCAAGCACAUCUAUAUUGAAAGGCUUUCCAUAAUAUAUUAAAAUAAGGAUUUAAGAUUAUUUUCCUUUGAAAAUAUUUUUCAAUGUAGGAGCUUUUAAAUGCAAUAUUUAUUUUUCAUUUUUAACCUCUUAGCCUUCGGAAAGGAAUCAUCAGAAACAUGUUGUUCUAAAAUAAUAAAAAAUCAUUGUAAUUAAGAAACCUGAAGAACACAAGAAUUAUUUAUUUUUCUCUCUCUUGUCAGAUUAUAGUACUUCAAUAAAACUUAAGGCUUGGUUUCAAAGUAUAAAAAUUAAGAAUUAACAUAAUAGCAUCCCAAUAUGACAGGAGUUAUUUUUUGUGUUACGAUGGAAAAGAAUAACUCAGAAUGCGAAGUGGUUAUUAGAAUAACAAUAAUACAGAUGAUGAAUCUUUUAAUACAAGCAAAAAUAAUAUAUCUUCUUUAAAUAUGUAAAGUAUUGGAAAAUCUCUAAUUCAUGAAAGUGUCCCUCCAAUUAAAUUAUUUAGUGAUAAUCGUAGAAUCAAUUCAGUCAAACAAAGAUGCGAAUAGGUUUCGUUAAAAAAUAAAAUAUUAUUAGUUUAACAGAAAAAACUUUAAUUAUUAUCUUAAAAUGUAAUUUCAAGAUACCAAAGAAUGUUAGUACAAUCUUAUAAAUAAUUACAUCAAUAAAGAAUGAUGAAAAAAUACAUCAAUUAAUGGAUAAUUGCCCUUAAUUUUAUAAAAUAUGUUGAUAUCCUCUAUGCUCAUUUUAAAAUUAACAAAAUAUUAAGAUGCAUGAAUAAUUCUCCGAAACAUUAUGCACAAAGAUGGAAAUAAGUUAAUGAAAAAAAUACCUCUCUUAAUUUGAGAGUUUUAAUGUAAACCAAUUUAACUCUAUCAAUCUUCUCAAAAUAACUAACUGAAAAAAUUUCACGAUAAAUAUCGGAUCUUAUCUUGAUAACUUUAAAUGAUACAUUUUUUAUAAAAACGUAAGCAUAAUUAUAGCAAUCUUUUAUUAAUUUUUACCUUAAGGUUAAGCUAAUCUAAGAGUUUUAUUUUGCACAAAGAAAUAAGUUCUAUCUUUAGAUGGAGCAAAUGAUUUAAAAUAUCAGAUAGCAGUCCCCAUAAAUUCUUAUUUCUAAACAAAGAAUGAAAAGAAUUAUGUUCUUGUUUUACGAAAAGUUGUGUGCUAAACAUAAAGAUGAAUAUAAAAGGUUUUUGGAGUUGGAAGUACCUAAUGUUACUUUGCUAACAUCAGUGUUCGCAAUAUUUUCAAAACCAAAAUUGAAUAUUAUGAAGAAUCAAGCAUUGUUGCUCUAAAUUAUUGAACAAACCCAAUGA